CUUCAACUGAUCGAAGAUGUGGGGACUGAAUCCCCUGACUUCAACGCAGCUGCGCUUUCUUUGCCUCCACCGCCAAUCCCUUUGCCUGGAUUUGGCAGUGCUCAGGUCAAUUUUCCCGAAUCCAGCGAGCUAGACACUGACACUGAUGAUGCUAUUAGUGUUUGUUCAUCAGCUGGCGGUGACCAUCAUCAUCUAUACCAUUCACAUGCUAGUAGUACCGGUGGCAAUGCGGAUGCUGAGCAGUUGCUGCGACGACUCGAACAGGAGAUGCGUCACAUGAGUAAUGCACCUUUGCAUGGGGCAUCGGACACUUGGGCGCGAUCGGGUUAG